GAGAAAAUGGAGAAUGGCAACAAUGUGGAGUUCAGAACAAAUUGUUGCAGAUUAUGGCGAUCUGCAGGCAAGGUCUAUGGCUGUCGACUGUUUGGGACUAGUGACAGUAAUAGCAGGUCGAAAGGCACUGACCUUUGUUGACUUGACGAAUCCCACAGAACCACUGGCCAGGCAUCCAAGACAAAGCAAGUGGGAGAAAUGGGACAUCAAUUGUGUCCAAUGGAAUCCUCACCCAUCACAUGCCCACAACUUUGUUACAGCAUGUAAUGAGCGGUUGGACCUGUUUGCAUGGAAGGAUGGUGUCUGUACCAAUCAAUGUAUGAUGAAGGGUCAUACCAGAACUGUCAGUGACAUAGACUGGUCCCCAUUUGAUGUCAAUGUAAUUGCCUCCUGCUCCGUGGAUACCUUCACACACCUUUGGGAUGUACGGGAACCGAGAAAGCCGCAGUCAUCUUUUCAGACAGUGGCUGGAGCCUCCCAAGUUAUGUGGAACAAAAUCCAAACCAACCAGUUCGCCACAACUCAUGAGGGUGAUGUUCGUCUCUGGGACCCUCGGAAAGGGAACUCACCACUGACAUAUAUAGCAGCUCACUUAUCUAAGAUCCACGGCCUGGACUGGAGUCCCCAUAAUGAAAACUGUCUAGCCACUGCCAGUCAGGAUGGUUCAGUCAAGUUCUGGGAUAUUACUAAUUUCCGCCAGGCUAAAGGUUCCAUGUCUGCUGGUUGUCCAGUGUGGAGGGCUCGAUACACGCCAUUUGGACAUGGGUUAGUCACUGUGGCUGUGCCACAGAUAAGGAGGGGAGACAACUCUCUAUAUCUUUGGACCAUCGAAGACAAUGUCCAACUUGUACAUCAGUUUAUGGGCCAUCAAGAUGCCAUUUUGGAGUUCCAGUGGCGGAAGCAGACAGAAGAUGAUCGUGACUUUCAGCUAGUCACAUGGGCUCGAGACCAGACCCUUCGAGUGUGGAAGGUGGACCUACAGCACCAGAAGUUGUGCGGACAUGAUGUUGGAGACCUGCCUGAAUGUGAGGAAUUAGGUAGCAUGCCCCUGGUCAGUAGUACCAACAGCUAUGAGGGAGAAGAAGAUGGAGGGGAGACAAACCGCCAACCAUCGGGAAGUCCUGACAGUAUCACAGCACAGCAGCCACGCACUCUGAAACAAGAAUUCUCAUUGGUCAAUGUUGAGAUACCCAAUAUUGUUGUGGAAGAGUUAAAUCCUACCACCAGAACAUGUGUUGUCUUAGCAAUGGCGAACAAUCACAAUGUACGUCUGAAGCUUGUCUUCCCCGACAACUACCCUAACAACGACAUGCCCACUCUGGAUAUCCUGUAUGCCACCAUCAACAAUAAAGUACAGCAACGCCUCCACCUGGGCCUGACGGAUAUCUGCCUGAAACACGUGACUAGGAACACCAAUUGUCUGGAGCCGGUACUCCGACAGCUAGCCACAUACCUAGAAAAGCUCACGGUAGAUGACCGGAGAACUCCAGAAUCAGAAACACCCAUGCAUCUACCGUUCUCUCACAAACCAACGAAACAGCUCCAUGGCCACAACAAGUUUCCUCCCCACUACAGUCCGUACCAUUACAUGCUGGAUAACAACAUUCCAUUCCCCCGCACCAGUGGAGCACGCUUCUGUGCUGGAGGGUUUCUUGUUGUAUUUGGGAGGGCCAGAGAAGCCAAGAAAGCAAGGACAGGAGCAGAUCACACUCCAAAAGCGUUGUCAGAGCUCACCCAGUAUGGAUCCCGGGCAAGAAUACGAAGCAGUCACGCGACUCCUACUCCAUACCAACAAUAUCCAUUCGCUAGAAGUCCUCCCACCACCACGGAUCCUUUUACUAUCAAGUCCUACUACUACAAAGAACAGAAGUGGAAAAACAACUUAAGAAAAAGAUCAAAGGUGAUAAAGGACAAAAGUGAGGAUAUUGACAAACAGAAGGGUCCCAAUCUAGCCCCGGUAAAAAUCUACGAUAGCAGUUACCUGUUACCCAUCAACAAAAACCUCGGCACACAUUACAGGAUAGACUUGGAGGAUAUACCUGGAAUGUGUCAACACAAUGCUUCCCAGGCAGCCAGUGUGGGCAGGAAGGACCUAGUACAGUUAUGGAAUCUGGUGACACUGAUGUCGGACAAGAGACUAACUCCAUCCUCCAACCCAGAUGAUGGCAGUCCCUGGGGACGACACCCAUUUGCAAAACAGCUGCUGAAGCACUUUAUGGACUUCUACAGUGGGCUUCAUGAUGUACAAACAUUGGCUAUGUUGUGUUGUGUAUUCUGGAACAAACAGGAAAUACAACGGCCGCUACAUCAGUCUUCGUCAGUCGAAUACAUCCCUCCAACCGUGCGCUACAGUCUACCCCAAAUAUUUGACAAGGGCGGGGCACCGUAUAGUCCCUAUCACACGGUGUCUUCCUCCUCCAGCCUCUUCAAGGGGUGGUCAACAUAUCAGCUCGCUGAGCGAUCCUCACACACUGGUCCCCUUCCCACCUCCUCCUCCACAGCGUCCCUGGCCGAGGUCGCCUCUCAUCCGAACCUCCCCGCCUUCCAGCAGUCAGGUAAGUCACUGUCCCCAGAUGGGAAGGGGGAAGGAACAAUUUUAUAUUAGUCUCUAACUCGUCUCCAUAUUCAUCCCUAUCAGUGGUCAGGUAAGUUACCACACUCUCACCUGUUAGGGGGAAGGCACCUGAAUUAUGCUACAUCAAGCCCGCGACGUGUUGCAAGCAGUGUGGUACUAUUGGUCAGCCCCAUCCAAAAAGGGUACAGGACAUGACAUAGGUCCUAUACCAACCUUCCAGUCUACUGCUCAGGUAAGUCGGACACCACAAGAGAAAGCAUGUUGAAUCAUCCCUGGUCUUGGACAUCUCCAAGAGGCCUACAGAAUUACCUACAUUGACUGGGGCAAUCGAAACAAGGCAUACAUACCAGGUCACCUUUAACUUAAUACAACUACCUUGCCUUCAGGUUUACAACAUGUGACAUGGGGAGAGGGGCCUACAUCAUCAGUCACUUGAAGCAAUCUCUAGCCUUUAGUUAUAGAGGUACAAUACUUUUCCUUGACAGGGGGAGAGGGGCCUACAUCAUCAGUCACUUGAAGCAAUCUCUAGCCUUUAGUUAUAGAGGUACAAUACUUUUCCUUGACAGGGGGAGAGGGGCCUACAUCAUCAGUCACUUGAAGCAAUCUCUAGCCUUCAGUUAUAGAGGUACAAUACUUUUCCUUGACCAGGGGGAGAGGGGCCUACAUCAUCAGUCACUUGAAGCAAUCUCUAGCCUUUAGUUAUAGAGGUACAAUACUUUUCCUUGACAGGGGGAGAGGGGCCUACAUCAUCAGUCACUUGAAGCAAUCUCUAGCCUUUAGUUAGAGAGGUACAAUACUUCUCCUUAACCAGGGGGAGAGGGGCCUACAUCAUCUGUCACUUGAAGCAAUCUCUAGCCUUCAGUUAUAGAGGUACAAUACUUUUCCUUGACCAGGGGGAGAGGGGCCUUCAUCAUCAGUCACUUGAAGCAAUCUGUAGCCUUCAGUUAUAUAGAGGUACAAUACUUCUCCUUGACCAGGGAGAGAGGGGCCUACAUCAUCUGUCACUUGAAGCGAUCUGUAGCCUUCAGUUACAGAAAUACAAUACUUCCCCAUCCAGAAAUUAGGCUUCAUAUAGGUAGGGCAUGUACUGCAAUACACUAGAAGAGCAGGACUGGAAGAAUCAGAAAUAUUUGUAUUAUAUACAUCUAUUGCAAUGAUCACUUCUGUGUUUAUACUGAAAGCAUCAUUGUUGUCUGAUAAGUAUAGGUAAAUUGUUAAGGUGAACGUUCGACCAAAAAAUUAGUGUCAAUUUCAUCACAGUAGGCUUACAUAGCUUUAGAGACCAGCAAUCAUCAAGAUCGAAGUUAGACAUUUAAUGAUCGUUGUAAAAUAUUAUUGGCAUGUCAUCAUCACCAUCAUCCAAGUGUAUGCAUGCUGUACUUACUGGUUGUUGUCAUACUCCAGAAAUCCUAGACCUCACAGGUAGCAUGUCCACACAUAUAGUUAUGGCCGUUGCCUCUCCAUGGUACUACAUGUACACAGUAUAUAUUCGCUGGGUAAAAUGGCUGCUGCCUGUCAAUUGAACUACAUGUCCACAGUAUAUAUCGCUGGGUAAAAUGGCUGCUGCGGAACUACAUGUACACAGAAUAUAUUGCCACUUGUCCAUUGAUGUACACUAUAUAUGUAUGCCCUUUACCAACUCUACAUAUUUGCAUUUUCUCCAUUGAGUAAAUUAUCUUUUUUAUACAACAGAAGGUCAUAUCUAUUGGUAAAGAAAAUAUAGAGUGAAAAUGUUAUAGCCUAAGGAACAGUCCUAACAGAUAGUCGUUUCUGUGAUAAUUCUUUCUUGUUUUGCUCAAAUCUCUCUGUUACCAAUACUUUCAUAUAAUAUUAAAUACAACUCUGUUAUUUCUUGAUAGAUCGCUAUACAACUUAGAGUAGGAGGUAAUGUGUGGGGAAUAAACGGCAAAACUUACUCUUAUAUUUUGAUUUUUGUCUUCUACAACCUGAAAAUAGACUUCAAUGUUUAUAAUGUAUUUCUAUUCUGAAUGUUUUUGGUUGGAGGAUUUUUGAGUCAUGAAAAAGUCAGAAAAAACAUCUGUGUUUUAUAUUAUUUUGGACUACAGUCCAGGAAAAUUCUAAAAUAAUUUAUUUAUUUUUUUUUUUUUUUUCUGUAUCAAUUUCUCUGUUCUCCCACAGAUUGCCCUAUAGUGGGUUUGUUCUACAUAGCAUUAUGUUAAUGUUGUAAACAAAAUUUUGAGUAUUAAUGUCUGGUAUAAUGGAGGAAAUAUUUGCCAGAUGUAGGUAACUUGUCUUUUACAAUCUCUGAUUAGUGGGGGUAAUAAUGACCUGUCCUGAAGAAUCACAGCAGUUUAUUUAAGCUAACAAUGUUUGGUCGUUCUACUUCACAUUUAACAUACUCAAUAAUUAAAACUCUCCUACCUCUUUUAUACUAAUGUUAAUGUUACAAUGAUCGAUCUGUUCCAGUUAUUAUUUCCAGGAAACAGACAAUUUGUUCACAAAACCAGUAUAUUACAUAAUGUGUGUUAGUGUUACAAUGAGAAUGUAUUUUAAAUCACUUGAUUUUACAUAGAUAUAUUUUUAUUUGCUAUGAGAAUCAUACUCUUCUUUAACUAUUGAUGUGAGCUUUAUCCAUAGCAAAAUUACUGCAAGGAUUGAAAAUAACAACUGAGAAUUCGUUUUUUUUUUUAUUAAAACGUCCAUGGCAUCCAUGUUAAGAAAUGAGAGCUAAAGUAAAUUUUCCUGUUAGGCCAUUUCACAACACCAACUCUUCAAUGAACACCCACUCACAAAAAAAAAAAAAAUUAAUUAGGGUAGA